AUGCUACGACCACUAGGCUCUUUGCGCAGUGCAUGCAGUCAGGCCGUACAGCUGCGUCCAUACCAGGAGCAAUGCCUUGAUGCAUGCUCCGAGGCGCUCACGAAUGGCACCGCUCAUCGGAUUGGAGUGUCGUUACCCACUGGAUCGGGCAAAACCACCGUGUUCAUUUCACUACUGUCGCGCCUCAACCCACCGAAGCCCCAAGCCCGGAGGUCGCUCAUUGUUGUCAACAGCGUUGAAUUGGCACGACAGUCAGCCGAGCAAGUCUCGCGACUUUUCCCGGACUGGACGGUGGAAAUCGAGCAGGGGACGAAACACAAAGCGUCAGGGCUUGCUGACGUUACGGUUGCCACGUACCAAACGCUUCGUCAAGUAGAACGCGUCAAGAAAUUCGACCCCGCUUUCUUGAAGGCCAUUAUCAUCGACGAAGCGCAUCAUGCAGCGGCGCCUUCAUACCGUCGACUUCUCGCCCAAUUCGAUCCAGGCAUCAAGCAUCCAGACAAGGACUUCGCUCCCGUCGUACCACCACAUAAGAUUCCCAUCAUCGGCUUCUCUGCGACCUUCAGCAGACAUGACGGGCUCGGCCUCGGGAGUGUGUUCGAGCAUAUAGUGUACCACCGCGACUUUGUGGAGAUGAUCAAGGACCAAUGGUUGUGCGAUGUCAGGCUAACGGCUGUGAAAGCGAACAUCGACCUGAAGAGUGUGACUAUCAAUUCUCGUACCGGCGACUUCACACCCAGCAGUCUUGCCCAAGUCGUAAACACAGAGACGGUGAAUCAUUUGAUUGUGAGGACUUGGCUGGACAGAGCGGAGGAGAAAGCAUCGGACCGCAAGUCCACGCUCGUGUUUUGCGUCAAUGUAGCCCAUGUGGAAUCUCUCACGCAGACCUUCCGUGGGUUCGGAAUUGACGCAAGAUACCUCUAUUCGGGAACCCCGAGCAGUGAACGCAAAGCCCUGAUUGCUUCGUUCAAGGCUGGGCAAUACCCCGUUCUAAUCAAUUCGAUCUUGACGGAGGGCGCUGAUAUCCCCAACAUUGACUGUGUUGUGAUUGCUCGACCUACAAGAUCCCGGAACGUUUUCGCGCAGAUGAUUGGACGUGGGAUGCGGCUUUCUCCUGACACUGGGAAAAAGGACUGCCGCAUCAUCGACUUUGUGGACAGCACCAGUCGUGUAUCGGGUGUCGUCUCUUUGCCGACACUGUAUGGCCUAGAUCCCGAUAUAUUGGACUCGGAGAAUGAGACCCUCCUGACUGCGGAAAAGCGCGCUGCUGCCCCAUCCACGGGUGAACGAUCAGCGAGUAUUUCUGUCGAUGUCCCCGAACCUAGUUCCGUCACCUACCGGGACGACGACGACCCGUUCUCCUUGCCUUCCGACAACAGCGGCGCGAGUAAUUCACACAUUGAAACACUGAGUCGGAAUGCCUGGGUAGCCUGCGGAGGAGAUGUCUACGUGCUAGAAUGUAUGGGAAAGGGCUACGUUCGCAUCGAGCCAUACAAAGAUGAUGCUGAAGAGAGCUGUUUUCGAGCCUACUUCAGUCCGGCAAUCGAUAAAGCCACCGCAGCAGCCCUCAAAAUUGGACCAUUCCUCCGUGGCCGAGACAUCCUCACGGCAAGGGAGCUCGACCAUGCCGUGCGGGGCUGUGAUACUUAUGUCACUGGGAAAAUUGUCUUGGGGCACAUGGCUGUCGGAUUGCUGCGAUCGGCUCGUUGGCGAAAAGCCCCUGCGUCGGAGCAACAAAAGCAGUUCGUCGCCCGGCGCUGGGGAUCAAACAAGCUUGAUUCCGAAGAAGAGGCCCAGCGCAAGAAAGAACGCGUUGAGAAGCUGACCAAAGGUGAAGCUGGGAUCAUCAUCACCCGUUUGAAACACGGAGCCAAGGGCCGCCACGAAAAGAAGGUUCGCAAGGCCACCAAAGCAGCGUUACUAGAUGAGAAAGAGCAGACGCGUCGGGCGCGCGAGGUCGUGCAAGUGGGUCCUCUAAUAGAUUCUACGUAA